GUCAGCUGUCGAGAAGGGAAAAGUCCCGUGUUUUUCCCCCGAAGACGAUUGUCCAGAAUGGAACCAAACAUCAGCAAAUAUUUCGCCAAUGAUCCGCCCAGCUGCUUCGAUAGCCUUACCGUCGGCGACCGAUCGAAGCGGGACGCGGCUGCUGUGUCGGAGCCGUACCUUUCGUACGACUAUCUCCUGAACAGUGCCAUGGCUGCGAAACCAGCGACGAAUGUGCCGGACAAUUUGCGCGACCUUUGGGAACCACCGAGGAUCGUGCCCGGAGUGCCACCUGCCAAUCUUACCAUGCCCGGAGUGAGUGUUGCCACCGAUUUGACGGAUCCGGUCCAGGAAGCGGUGGGUUUGCUGGUCGACACGAAUGAGGCGCAGCAACGGAAGCUGCUGUUGCCUGACAACGUAACACAAGACGAACGAGGACUGCGCGAGCUCAUAGAGAAUGGUUGUUUCCGUUCGGCCGUUAACCUGACCGCCCGUUUGCUCACGAUCAAACAGCAGGGCUUCGGUCACGCAGGGCACCCGGUGAAGCACAGCCCCAAUUCGUUGCAGUUGUGGUUCACGCGUUUGGCACUGCUAAUAAAGCUCGGCCAGUACGAGAUCGCCCGCGUAGAGGCGGAGCCGUUCGGAUCGCUCAGCAAUCCGGAUGUUUUCUACGAGUUCUACCACCCGGACAUGCACAGCGAUCGGAAGGGAUCGAUGGCUCCAUUUUCUUUCCGCCUGCUGCUAGCCGAGCUUCCCAUCUACCUGGGUGCGCCCCGUGUAGCUCUGGACCGUCUCACGGAGCUGCUGGCGAUCGUCAUUCAAAUCAAGGUAUACUUCGAUCGUGCCGGUGCUCCGCACGCGAAAGAGGCCCAUGAGCUCUGGUCGUCGAGGGAAACCCGUGUGUUACAUUCCAUCAUUAACUGUUCGCUGGCCGUGAAGGAUUUUGGCUUGGCCGAGCAGCUUCUGAACCGUCUGCUCGAGGACCAGACAAUGGUGUUGAUCUCGCGACGCACCCUUAUCUCGGCCUGGGGCCGUAUCCGUCUGCAGUGUGGUGAUAUUGUAGGGGCGGAGAAAAAGUUCGCAGAAGCCCGGCGGCUAAAGGAAGAUAAAUGUUCAGAGGUGCCCGAUCUCAUCGACCGUGGGCUGCUGGCGGUCGCUCAGAACGACUUCCAGAGUGCUUUCGAGCUGUUCCAAAAGGCGUCCGUCGAGGCUCCGACCAACACGAUGCUGCACAACAAUAUGGGCGUUUGCUUGCUGUACGCGGGCAAGCUGAAGGAAGCGAUCGCGCUGUACGAGGCAGCGAUCGAGCGCAACCCGAAACCCUGCCUGAACGAGUCCUUGUUGGUGAACUUAUCGACCCUGUACGAGCUGGAAUCGAACAACGCGAAGGAGAAGAAAAUCAACCUGCUAAAGUUGGUCAACCGGCACCGGGCCGAUCUUACUGUCGGGCUUGAUGUGUGCCUGAAACUGCAGACGAUCGUUUAGAGGAAUGUUCUUUUACCCCAGAGGCAAAUAUAGCAAUAACAUU